AUGCGCCUCUACCUCCUCCCCAUCACCACGAGCCGCACUCUGCUCUAUUCCCAGCGCCUCAAUAUCGCGACUACGAAUAAGCAAGGCUUAGCAGAUAAGGUUGGCAAGAGAGCGUCGAAGCUUUGGGCCAGCUGGGAGGCAAAGGAAAGCGGUUGGCAAAAGAAGGUUGUCAACUACGGCAACUAUGCCCUCAGAAGGAUCCCCUACGAGGAAUGGGGUCUGAAGUCUGUCCCGCCUAUCUCUGCACGCCGCAAAGACGACGAGUUGAAAGGGAAGGAAAAGAUUGAACUGGUGUACCCUGACACGAUUAUCCCCACGACCAAGGCCGAACAGGUCGUGAGGACCCUGGCAACAGAACGAGACGCCUUGCACAAGAAGAAGCUUAUCUGGUGCCUGAUCGGCAUGCCCAUCUCGGCACCGUUUGCCCUGGUACCGGUGAUCCCUAAUCUGCCCUUCUUUUACCUAGUCUACCGUGCCUGGUCCCAUUGGCGCGCUCUCGAGGGCGGCAAGCAUCUUCGGUUCCUCCUGGAUCACAAACUCCUGGCCCUGAAUCCUUCGAAGCUGUUGAACGACAUCUACCGCCCGCUGAUUCCCGACAACAUGUCCCCGACACCGUCGAGGCCAGCUUUGGGUGAAGCUGAUCCCCUGAAGGGCAAGUCGGAAGCGGAGUCCGAGGAAGAAAUUCUGCUUUCGCAGGCAAACGGACAGCGGAUAGCCAAAGCGCUCGAGCUGCCCGAACUGGGUGUUGAAAUCGAGAGAGCCAUAUGGCAGGUCGAUCACGCCAAGAAGGUCAAACAGGAGGAGGCCGCAAAGAAUUCCGACGCCGAUGCUCCGAAAGACAAAGAAAAGCCCGCCAGUUCGGGCGAAGACGAGAAAAGGUAG